CAAGUGUCAUCAAGAAAAAAAUAUUCCCUCACAGUCGCCCCCCGACACGCUCCAACGGUCGCCUCGGAUCUAACUCCUACAAAUCCGCAACACCCCGCCCUCUCUCUCCGUUAUCUCGUAUCCAUCCCCUUUGUCGUCCCUCUCUUUCUCCGACUCUUUCCAAAUCUGUAACCCUCAUGGAGACUGAGGCCAAAACCUCGUGUACGACGGUCGAGAACGUCACCAGGGCGUCCUCCGACGAGCUCCUCCGCAAGUUCGCCGAGCUGGACGCCGACCCGCCGGUGCGCUCAUCCCGCCCGUCGGUCCGCCUCCCCAUCGUCCGCCGGAAUCGGUCGAGGCGGGUGAUGUCCGGCCUCGCCGCCCGGGACCUCGCUACCGGCGGCGCCGAAACCCCCAGCACGAGGAGGAGGAGGAGCGGAGGCCUGGCCGAGUGGAAGGCCCUCCUACCCCCAACCGCUUCCUCCAGACGGUCGGCGUCGCUGCUCCGGCGGAUGGGGAUCGGGCGGUCGGAGAUCGGGCCGGGGGACGCCGUCGGACUAAAGCUCCUCCUGGCCGCGUUGGAGAAGACAUGGUGUAAGACGAUGGAAGGUGCAUCAAAGAUGUUUGUCGAGAAGCAUUGUAAUAAGCAUGUUCGCCUGAUAAGUGAUAUCGUGUAGAAGAGCAAAGCUGUUGCCUUCCCUAUCUUCCCCACAUUCAUUACGAAUUUUUCAAAUAAAACAAAGCAAUAGGUAAAUUGGUAAACCUACCCUUUAGACAUAAAUAGAGUGUGAAAAUUCUACGACAGUUUGUAGCCUAUUGAUGCAUGAUUUCGAGAAAUAUAGGCUCUUCUUAUUGUCAUUUUUUUUCUGGAUAGCCACUCUUCCAAACAUCAUCAAAGAGCAUAUGUAAUUCUGUAACCAAAAAAAAGGUAUCUUGUAAUUACUUAUUUAUUGGAUUCAUUAUUAAUUUCCUAGCUAUUAUCAUCUAUGCAUUCAUAAGAUUGCUAUGUCACCUAAUCUUAAAAAUGAACAUAUGAUGUACAUGCUACAAGAACAAUUGUGAAAGAGUGGUACAACAGCAACACGAGUGUAUCACAUAAUAAAACUGGACAACUAAUGUUCAAGUUUUGAUUGCUUUAAACAAAGGGGCUUGAGAAUUGAUUCUAAGGUCAAGUCAAACCCUCCCCUUGUUGUUCACAGAUGAAAAUUUGUAGGUUUGAUUUGUCCUUUGGAUCAGGAUUGAGCAUAUAAGUUUGUGGAACUUGUUAGGUCUAGAGUCACAGAGGCCUAGCAAAACUCUUCUUUGCUUGGUGGGUUAGUAAAUGAAGUUAUAAGAGCACAAACUACACAUUAAGAGCACAAACUAAAUUGGCUGACUACAUACCUACAACUUUGCUCACAGUUCAUUUUCUGAUUCAUAAGUUGUGGCAGGUAAUCUUCUCUAUUUCUUUAGGAUUUGUGAUGGUUGAAGAAAAUUGAGGAUUGAUCGCUAUUGAGAAUUGAUUCUAAGGUCAAGUCAAACCCUCCCCUUGAUUGAGCCAUAAUGGUUCACAGAUGAAAAUUUAUAGGCUUGAUUUGUCCUUUGGAUCGGGAUUGAGCAUAUAAGUUUGUGGAACUUGUUAGGUCUAGAGUCACAGAGGCCUAGCAAAACUCUUCUUUGCUUGGUGGGUUAGUAAAUGAAGUUAUAAGAGCACAAACUACGCAUUAAAACAACUUUGCUCACAGUUCAUUUUCUGAUUCACAGUUCUUUACUAUUAAUACAGGAAUACGACUGAACCCUCAACUUUGUUUAUCUUGAUUUAGAGUUUAUGAUUGUUUUUUUUUUCUGAGUGUUUUUCUUCAUAUAACAUCAUGAAUUGUCAUAUAUUUGCGAAAAACACAUUAUGUUAUUAAUAUUUAUAUAAUGAUGUAGGAAAUCCAUAAUAAUUCAAAUAGAACACUAUAUUUGUUAGCUCCAUUACCUCUUUGCUCACUUAUGUAAGCAUAACCCUUAGGGAAUCAUAUGAAAAUAUUAAGUUGAUAUGCAGCUUUUCUAAAUAAAAACUAAGCCAAAACAUAGAACAAGUUGUCUUUUCAUACUGAUGGUAAGUUUAUCAAUCAGGCUUUAUCUUAGUUAUUUAAAUCAUUAUGGAUUUUCCUGGAUCAUCCUGUAAGCAUGAGUAAGGGAGGAUAUUUUUCAUGAAUACAGUACAGGGCAUUUAAAUGCAAGAAAUAAUUUUUUGAUUAAAUAAAAUUAUAUUUAUGUUUCUUCCCUUAAUUUUGUCCGCGCAUUACAUGGUCAUCUCCAUUAUUGUAUAUGGCAUCUAAUGAUUGAGCAAUCAACGUUAUUGCAGCA